CUUUGUGUUUUUGCUGUUCGUCUUAAUAUGAGUUAUAAUGUGCUAUUAAAGGGCUUUAUGCGUUGCUCAAAUAAUAUAAAAAUAUGUAAAGAUCAAGUCAGCAUCAGGGCUUCAGUUCUUUGACUAGAAGUGCUGCUUGGAUUAAUGGGUCUGUCCCAUAAAAGAUUCAUCCACUUUAUCGGAACAUUUUCAUAUAUUAAAAUACGCAAAACAAAACACUGGAAAAUACUUUCUGGGUUUUUGCAGCAAUCCUAAAAAUUAAAUAAUCUUCCGUUUAUCCUAUGCUGGAAAUUGGUGUACCACCUGAAUUAAAGCAAAAAUGCAGGACCCUCGUGAUAGCAACCAUGUUUUGUCUUUGUCCAACUCAAAAACGCACCGUAACUUUAAACUGUUAGCUGAUCCACAAUUAAUAAAAUGUGGCGCCAAACUCAUUCGUUACGAUGGCGUUGUUCCCGGAGACCCUACUUAUCCGCCAAUAACGCCAAGGGACCCCCGGAAUCCUCUUAUUCGCAUACGCCCCAGAGCUGUAGAGCCACUUAUGCUUUUAAUACCUCGAUUUGUAAUCGAUUCGGACUAUGUUGGCCAGCCACCUGCUAUCGAAGUUACUCUGGUCAACCUUAAUGACAACAUCGACAAACAGUUUCUAUUUAACAUGCUGGAAAAAUGUGGAACUUCCGAUGAAAUAAAUAUUUAUUAUCAUCCGACCACAAACAAACAUUUGGGCAUUGCUCGUAUCGUCUUCGAAAGUACAAAGGGAGCACGACAGUUUGUUGAGAAAUACAAUCAGAAAUCGGUAAUGGGAAAGAUAUUAAAUGUGUUUUGCGAUCCUUUUGGUGCCAUUUUAAAGAAAACUCUCGACAGCCUUACAAAUCCUGCUGUUGCAAAACCACCAAUAGCUGGGAAAGGAACUUUAAAAUCAAUCCUGCAACAUGAUGGUUCUCUGGAUGUGGAAUUUAAGCACGGAUUUGUUGAUAAGGAUACUGCUGAUCACCUAAAUUGUACUUACAGCUCUUUCCAAAAUAAUCAAGACAUUAAAGCUGGAGAACGCAGUAGAGAUCGAAACUGGGAUCGUGACAGGGAAAGAGAAAGAGAACGUCAAUUUAAAGACCGUAGUCGACAUUCAUCGGAGCAAAUUUAUGAACGAGAUCGUGGAUUGCGUGACAAGUACCCAACCUCGCUAAGGCAUGAUCGUAGCUUUUAUCGUCAGCGGUCGCGAGAUAUAAGCCCGGAAGUUGUCCGUGAUAGAUUAUUUAUUGGAAAAGAUAAAGCUAAAGAAGCAGAUUUGCGCCCACGCCAUUAUAGGCGUUCUAGGGAGCGAGACACAUUUCGUGAAUGCAAAAGGGCUCGCGACAAAGUUCGAGACCCAUCCAGAGAAAAAAGAGACCAUCGAUAUAACUCUAUGAAAGAGCGAGCAUAUCGCGAAAGAGAUCGUGAAAGGUCCGAACUUGGUAAAAGAGAUCUUGACGGUGUUAAGUAUAAUAAACGGCAUGAAUACACCGAAGCAAAUGUUAGAAGCUCCUCCAAUAUAAAUAGUCAUCAUUACUAUUCAGGAUUGCCUGAUGAGAGCUACGGAUAUAAUAACUACUCAUACUCUUCAAUUGAAAAUAUUCAAACAUGGCCUGAUCAAAGAAAUUGGACUGCACCACAGCCUGAUUUCCAGCCCCAACCUCCUCCCCCACCACCGCCAGAAGAAGAAGAAAAUUGGGAUGGUGAAGAACAAAAUCAUAUUAAAAAUGUUAUUACACAACCUACCCAGCCCGUCAGCGAAAGGCCUCAAACGCCAAAAGCGACUACAACAAAGACAGUUGCAGGACCAGGGAUAGAACCAGGGAACGUUGACUUAGAUACACGCAUAGCUUUAAUAUUUAAAGGAAAAUCAUUUGGUAAUGCCCCUCCCUUUCUUCAAAUGGAUAGUAGUGACUCCGAGACGGAUAAGGGCAAACCCGAGGUAUCCUCUGAGAGUUAUUCUGAGAACAAAAUAAAUUCAACCACCAAGAAUAUAAAACAUCAAAAGCCAAACGGAGCAAGUGAUAUAUCUAGUGACGACGAAAUAAUUGUUAAAAAGGAAGGGUCUAAACUUAGUAAUUCAAGUAAAAAAGAAAAAAAUGAUGACAAUAUGUCCUUAUCGAGUUUAUCUUCUCAUGAAGAUCCCAUGCAAAAUAUAUUGACAUUGGAAGAUGGUGAUUAUAAAAAACCCAUUUUACCAGCUUCUUUCAUGUGUCCAAACUCUUCAGAUCAGUAUCCUUAUUAUUACCAUGCGUCUGGCUACGGAUACUUUCAGUCCGCUAUCCGGCCAAACUCUGGUUUGACUAGCCGAUAUUUUUCAAAUACAACCUAUAUGCAGCCUGAUUACUUGACUGGCGUUGGUUCAUAUAGCUUUGAUUCCUUUGCUGAGACAUAUGGCUAUCAUAGAACUACUCUUUCAGAUCAAAACGAUGAGAUAAGACAAAAAGUAAAAAAGGUUGUUAACUAUAUUGUCGAAGAGUUGAAGCAGAUUUUAAAAAAAGAUGUAAAUAAGCGCAUGAUUGAAAUAACUGCGUUUAAAAAUUUUGAGACAUGGUGGGACGAGCAUAAAUUCAAAGCGAGGUCGAAACCACUUCCCGAAGUUGCAGAAUCCACCUAUAAUAGAAACUUACAUUUUCCUAAAGAAACACCUUGUAACGAAAAGCCUCCUGACAUUAAUCAUCUUAUCAAUUCACAACUGGAAGUAGCAGAUUUUCAAACGUUCUCGAGUAUAGGAUUAAGAGCAGCAAUGCCCAAGUUGCCAUCAUUUAGGCGAAUACGAAAACGUCCUAGUCCUAUUCCUAACUUAAGAAAUUUUUCGGAAAGAGAUUUAAGUGAUCAGGAGGAAAUGGUUCAACGUUCGGACUCUGAAAAGGAAGACUCCAAUAUGGGAUGCUCUGACAUGGCACCUUCAACUUUGAAGGGUCAAAUUGUGGUCAUUGAUAGUGAUUCUAAAUCGCAGACAUCGGGACUUAAUUCAAAAAGAAAGGGAAGUGCUUCAAGUUUCUUUUCUUAUUCGGCUUCAUCCUCAUCCACUGAAGCUGAAUAUGAGGGCAACGAAUUCCUUGAAAAGGAAAGGAGCAGUGCAGACGAUAGUCUUGAAGAACAUAAUCGAAGAAGAAUAAAUCAACGGAAAAAACUGAUAAAGAAUAGAAGCCGUGGAGGUGUGCGAGUUAAUACAGAUAACAGCAUAACAAAUGAAUAUUCUAACUGUGAUGAAUAUAAAAAAGCAAACAUAGCUAAACGAGGCCGCACAAAAAAAAAUAAUAUAUAUUCUGAUACCGACGAAGAAAACGAAAAUGUUAAAUUAGAUACUCUGUUGCCUUCGUUUCAAGAAAAGAUAUUUUCAUCAAUUCCGCCAGAUCUUGAAGAUAUAAGUAAAGAUAGUUGCUUCGGAUUGGAAGAAAGCGAGAUUGACCAAAAGUUUGGAUCCGAGAUGCAAAGUACACCAAAAAUCAAUGAAGAAUGUCGUCGAUCCUUAACACCUGUCCCGCCACCAGAUUACGACGAAGAAGCAAUUCAAAAGACAGAUAAUAAACAAAAGUCCAUUUUCGAAUAUGAUAGAAUUUACAGUGACUCUGAUGAAGAGCGAGAGUAUCAGGAGAAGAGAAGAAGAAAUACGGAAUACAUGGCCCAAAUCGAAAGGGAAUUUUUAGAGGAGCAAGAAAGAAAGAUUGAAGUCGCUUUGGAUGAAAGCGGGCCGCUCUUUGAUCCCAUAUUGGCAAGCAGAAAGUUUACAAAUCUCAAGAUUGAAGAAAUUCAAUGCCAUCCCAUCUCUCAAACGAGUCCUGGAAUCCCAAUUUCAAACGAACUUGUGGAAAAUGUAAACCCUCUCAAAAACUUAAAUAGUAAAAACGAUGUUUAUACCAAAACAGUACUGACAAAAGAGGCCCCCAAAGUUUCAGUUGUUGAAAAUAAAAUAUGUCCAAUUUUAAAGGAAGAAAGCAAAGGAACGCAGUCACCUGCCUCUUCAGACGGAGGAUCCAGCCAAGCGUCGCAAGCUAGUCAGGUUGCCUUAGAGCAUUGCUAUUCGUUGCCACCCCAGGCACAGUCAGUUUCUUUUGGGGACAGUCAUUCUAGUGCUUUGCAUGAUAGUAAAACAAAUUUGGCACGUGAGCAGAAAAACAUUCCUGGUGAUGACCAAAUGAUGAGGUCAGGUCCAGGCAGACCCCGAAAAGAUUCUAGUCGUACACAGAGAAAAAAGAAAGAUUUAAUUCCCCGCACAGCAAAUGUAAAGAAUAAAGUUGCUCCAAUUACAAAUUCAUUGGCCGAGUUUGCACGCCAAACGUCCUCUUUUGUUCCAUAUGAGAUGUAUAAAGCUCGUGAUCAAAAUGAGGAAAUGGUUAUUUUAUACACUUUUCUUACGAAGGGAAUAGAUGCAGAAGAUAUAAACUUUAUUAAAAAGAGUUAUGUAGACCAUUUGCAAAAGGAGCCAUAUGCUAUGUUCUUAAAUAACACCCAUUGGGUAGAUCACUGUACAACUGAUCGAUCAUUUUGGCCACCGCCACCAAAGAAACGUAGAAAAGAUGAUGAGCUGAUGCGUCACAAGACCGGAUGUGCUCGAACUGAAGGAUUUUACAAGUUGGAUUUGCGAGAGAAGGCUAAACACAAGUAUCACCAUGCUAAAGCUAAUAUCGAGGAUUCCAAUAAUGAUGACCGUAGCGACGAACCCACAGCACUUACAAACCACCAUCAUAAUAAAUUAAUAUCCAAAAUGCAAGGAAUUUCCCGGGAAGCGCGAUCAAACCAACGUCGACUUUUGACAGCUUUCGGUUCCAUGGGUGAGUCGGAGCUUUUGAAAUUUAAUCAGCUCAAAUUUCGGAAGAAACAGCUUAAGUUUGCAAAAUCGGCGAUACACGACUGGGGACUAUUUGCAAUGGAGCCUAUAGCCGCAGACGAAAUGGUUAUUGAAUAUGUGGGCCAAAUGAUUCGUCCAGUCGUUGCUGAUUUAAGAGAAACAAAGUAUGAAGCGAUUGGAAUAGGUAGUUCCUAUCUUUUUCGAAUCGACAUGGAAACAAUAAUCGAUGCUACUAAAUGUGGGAACUUAGCUCGAUUCAUAAAUCACAGUUGCAAUCCGAAUUGCUAUGCUAAAGUCAUUACUAUAGAGUGAAAAAAGAUCGUUAUAUAUUCAAAGCAACCAAUUGGCGUUAAUGAAGAAAUAACGUACGAUUAUAAGUUUCCUUUGGAGGAAGAAAAAAUACCUUGCUUAUGCGGCGCCCAAGGAUGCCGGGGCACCCUUAACUAAUCCUAAAUUAUACAAGAAUUUAAAACUGUAAAUUAGAUAUUUUGAGCCAAGUAAAUUUACAUUUUAUGUUAAAGAUAAAGUUAUAACCCUCUGUAAAUAUAGUUAUUAGUAAUAUUUCCUUUUCAGCUAUACAGCCAAUUCAGAAAGUUAUAAAAACAAAUAAAAACCAUUUGCAACUAGA